AUCGAUGAACUUUAUAAUAAUAAUAAUCUUAUCAUAACGCACAAGAACGGAUUAUUGUGAUUGAUAUCCUCUACAUUGUAAUAAUCUAAAGUAAGUUUACAAGAAUUCUUCUGUAUACAUUAACAGGUGUCAAUUAUUUUUUAAAAUAAUUAUUUAAGAGAAAAAAAAAAACGCUUCAGUGUAUUUGUUGACAGCCCAUGACGAUAGUUUUUUUUGAUAUUAUAGUAGCAUUUAGCGAGAAUUCAAACUUGUGAGUCGAGCUUUAUUGACGAAAUCAAAGCGUUACAUUAAAAAAAGCAAGCAAGCAAAUAAUUGAUGACUGAUGUAUUAGUCAGCUUAAUAAAGUCGUACAAAGAAAUAUCUUAGAACCAUUUCUGACCUCGAUCUUUUGUUCUAUGUUGUCAGGUGCCUGUACAUAGUUCCAUAGAGUAUUCGUAUUGAAUAUACAAUAAUAAACAAUAAAAUAAUGGAUCAAAUAUGCAAUAAUGACAAAAUAAAUGAAAAUAAUAUUAAGAGACGAACUCGAGUUCCUGAUAAACCGAAUUACGGACUCAACUUAUGGUCAAUUAUUAAAAGUUUCAUAGGAAAGGAUUUGACAAAAAUUCCACUUCCUGUCAACUUCAAUGAACCUCUGUCCAUGCUUCAAAGGUCAGCGGAAGAUUACGAGUAUUCUGAAUUACUUGACACAGCUGCAAAAUGCGAGAACAUUGCCGAGCAAUUUGCUUAUGUUGCUGCUUUUACAAUGUCAACUUAUUCGACAACAACUGAACGUGUAGCAAAGCCUUUCAAUCCAAUGCUUGGUGAAACUUAUGAAUGUGAUCGAAGUGAUGAUUUAGGAUGGAAAUUAAUUAGUGAACAAGUUAGUCAUCAUCCGCCAGUUUUGGCUCAAUUUUGUGAGUCAAAGAAUGGAUGGAAAUGUUCACAAGAACUGCAAUUAACAUCGAAACUUGGAAAACAUAUCACUGCAAUUCCAACAACAUUUUCUCGCAUUGAGUUCCUUGACACGGAGACGUCAUUUACAUUUGAUCGACCGAUUACCACCGUGCACAAUUUAAUAAUCGGCAAGCUUUAUGUUGAACACUCAGGCGAUGUUACAAUUUUAGGUGAAGGAAAAGCAAAAGGCUGGAAAUGUGUGUUAAGUUACAAAUCGUCAUCGUUCUUCUUCAGAGGUGAUCAACGUGCUGUCAAAGGUCUCAUUUAUGACGAAUGUGAAAAUGUUAAAUUAAAAUUAAACGCACAUUGGGAUGAAAAAAUGGAAAUCUUAUCGAAUUAUAAUGACAACAAUCAUUCUAAAGUGAUUUGGAGAAAACGACUUCCUCCAAGUGAUUCCUAUUUAUAUUACAAUUUUACAAUAUUCGCUUCACAAUUGAAUGAAAUGGAAGCUGGCGUGGCUCCAACUGAUUCCCGUCAUCGUCCUGAUCAAAGAUUGAUGGAAGAAGGUGAUUGGGAUGAAAGUAAUCGUGAGAAAGUUCGACUUGAAGAGCAACAAAGAGAAAAGCGACGUUUGAAUCAAGACGUUAAGCCACUUUGGUUUAAUAAGAAAAAAGACGACUUGACUGGUGCCAUCAUCUACAAGUACAAUGGAAAGUAUUGGGAAUGCAAGAAUUCUAACGAUUGGAGUAAAUGUCCAGCCAUUUUCUAGUAGAAUUAAACAUAAAUAGUCAAAUGAAUGAAAGGUUUUGUUUGUUUUUGUGAUCAAAAAGUGAGUAAAGUUAGAAUUGUUAUAAACUUCGUCAAUUUUUUGCUUCACUUGUUUGGGUUAAAAACUAAUUUAUCAUUAUUUGUUUAUUUGCUUUAUUUUCACUUUCGUUAAAACAGCAAACAUUAAAAAGAAGAAAGGAACAAAGAAGUAUUUAUUAUAAAAAUAUAAUUUAAUCUUUUAAAAAGACAAAAUAAAAGUUUUUUUCUUCUUCCACCGUCACCAAAUAAAUUUUGAAGAAAUAAAAAAAGAUUUUCGUCUUUUGUCACUUAAUGUGGCCACAGAGUUUUCUAUUUCUCUUAAUUAAUCAAAACUUCCUACAUUGUUUUGUCUUCCAGAAUCUCAUAAUUUGCUGUUAACAUUUCGAUGCUUUUCAAUGAAAUUUGAUAUCAAAGGCGCGACUGUUUCUGGAUGUGUCAAAUGCAAGUGAUGAGUGGCAUCAACAGUGUGACAUUCAAAGUUUUCAUUCUCUUGAAGAAUGUCAAUAACUUCAUCGUAAUAUUCACGUUUCUCCCAGAAUGGAGCGUGAAGUGCCUUGAUGAACAAAUGCGGCAUUUUAAGUCGUUUUGAAAGUUCUUUUGAAACGGGCUGAGAAAAGUUUGGCGAGAAGCUGUUCUUGAGACGUGAAUCUCUAGUGAAGUAGAAUUUUCCAGGAUACUUUUCACUCCUUUUGAUGUUUCUCUUUAGUAAGUAUUGCGCACUUUCUUUGGUGACACUUCCACGAGUUCCAGUGAAGAGUCGUUCAAUCAUAUCUUCGUAAGUGUACGAAGGCGGUUCACUCUUAUCCUGAUUCCGAAGAUCAGCAAUCAUGAAAUUCUCAACACGAUCUUGAAGUCCCAAUGCGACUUUUUCUGGAUCAGGAACGUGAGGUUUCAGUGCAUCAAUUUGAAUCAACAUAUCGACUUUGUUGGGAAACACAGAAGCAAACAUGAAACUCAAAACGCUUCCCAUUGAGUGACCCAUAAGAGAAAUCUUAUCCCAGUUGUAUUCCUUACAUAAAUUGUUCAAAAGGUAGAGAUUGUCGAUUCCAUGAUAAGCCAUGCCAUCUGGAACUCGUGAACUUAAACCAUGACCAGGUAAAUCAAUCGCAAGAUAACUUUCGGUUUUAGGCAGAAGUGGAAUUAAUCGAUCAAAUGUCCCAGCAUUAUCUUGCCAACCAUGCAUGCACACGAUAGGACGUUGAUUCUUUGAUCCCCACCAUUUACCAGCUAAUGUUCCGUUGUUCCAUGGAAGUCUAAUUCGAACUUCUUCGAC